AUCCCAUUUGAACCAUAUGCUUCUGCAGUUUCUGAGGAGGUCUGAUGCGUCACAAUAUUUGAGACGAAGUGUGUAUGUAGCUCUGUGCGAUCGACAGCUCCGGGCUCUUUUAGAAUAUGAACUCCCAUUCCAUGCUUUCAAAGUGAAGGAUGGUGAACGUAGUUGGAAACUUCCGCCACUUCUUUGCUGAAGAUUACACAGGAGAAAGUUGAUUUUAGCGCCAGUGAAGCAGUAACUUCUUUCUUACUUUGUUUUCGGUGUCUGAGCUGAACCUGAGGAUUUCACAUGAUUAAUGCUGGAAUGCACAAUGUUCUAUGGAUCCUUUUCCUGGAACCUGGCUCUGGAUAGCAAUCUCAGCUUUGUCGUUUGAAUCCAACCUUUCUUUUCCAUGUAUCCGUGACACAACUUGCACCUAGAAUAUGUAACGAAUCUGCUGCAGAUCACAAUGCUUUACUUGCAAAUUGUGAGACAAUUUCAGUAACUAGACUCGAAGGGCGAAGAACUCGAAUACUUGUGAAGCAAUGUAAUGCUGAGCUGUUUGUAUCCGUCGCUGUUAAGGUCUCCCAGUCUGAUGAAAUAGAGAUUACGGCAGUGACAAUUAACUCUUUAGAUCAAAGGUGCCAGAAUGAAGCUGCCAUCCAGUACCUGUCUACAUGUCAUCGUUUUGUCACUUCUCCAUCUUUUGCAGGGUGUUUACGAUGAACGUGACUCCAGACUGGAUGUGGGUGUCACUAACAAGGCCAGUGUUUAUUACCCACCCCAUAACUGCCCUUGAAUGGAGUGCCUUUGGUCAUUUUGGGGACAGUUAAGAGUCAGAACAUUGCUGUGGGCUGGAGUCACAUGUAGGCCAGACCAGAAGCAGAAGAGGGCAAGUUUAGAGCAACAGAUCCGAGCUGUUUCCAACGUGAGGGAAUUGCUGUCAAUUAUUAAUUCCUCGGAUUGGAAGCGGUGGAAAUGCCACCAAAAAUUAAAAUACCUGGCCGGCUUUGACACACGAUCGCGGUCAACCAGGUUCGCUUCUCCAUACUACGAUGCCGACACGCUCAAAUCUAUCGAUGACGAAUGGCAGAGGACUCAGUGUGUCCCCAGGGAAUCCUGCGUCGACGUUGCUAAGGAGCUUGGACGUAGCACUAAUACAUUCUUCAAGCCUCCGUGUGUUUCCGUGUAUCGAUGCGGUGGGUGCUGCAAUGAAGAGAGCCUGGUUUGCAAGAACACCAGCACGUCCUACAUCCGCAAAGAGCUCUUCGAGAUUGCCAUUCCUCUGACCAAUAUACCAGAGCUAUUGACUGUCAGAAUUGCAAACCACACUUCUUGCAAAUGCAUCUCCAGUCGACAUGCUUAUUCCAUCAUUCGAAGAUCAAUCCUCACACAUGAAGACUACAGCUGUCUGUAUGAUGAAAAUCACUGCUCCAGGGGCCUGGUCUGGGAUAAAGAGAAAUGCCACUGUGUCACCUCCACCGUUCAAAGAGAAGAUGAACUCUCUCCCAUUGCAGAGCUGGCCAUCUGUGGGCCUUAUAUGGAAUUCAACGAGGAACUGUGUGAUUGUGUAUGCAGGAACAUGGAAAGUCAUGAAACUUGCUCGCAGAAACAAAAAGUGUUUGACCCGGAUUCCUGCAGUUGUGUGGAUAGACCUGCCUGUAGUUACCACAGCAGAUCCUGUGCUGCGGGGAAGGUCUUCAAUGAUAAGCAUUGCCAGUGUGUGUGGAAGGAUAAACAUUCACGUAGUACACAGAAGGAAGGUGACUGAAAGUCAUGGAUUUUGACUUUAAUAAUAAAGUGAUAGUUCUACA